AUGGUGUUGAUGAAGGUAAAGUUUGACUUGCCGAAGCGGGUGAAGCUUGCCCAGGGCCUGUGGCUCAUGUACUGGCUAGCCGUGAUGACCGGCAUUCUGGUCUUCAGUCUGGGGCUGUUCUUUAAGAUCGAGCUCCGAAAGAGGAGUGAGAUGAUGGACAACAACGAGAGCCACUUUGUGCCCAACCUGUUGAUUCUAGUUGGCCUGGCUGCUUGCGGGGUAAACGUUUUUGGCGGCAAAGUGUGCCACGACUCUCUGGAUGCUUUGAAGUUCGCCAAGUGGAAGCCCAUGGUCAAGGGCUACCUGAUGGGCUGCUUCGCUUUCAACAUCCUCCUGUUCUUCACAGCUCUGCUGUGCUUCUGCAUGCAGUUCCAGUUGUACUUUUCCCUGGCUGAGGGUCUGAAGAAUGGGAUCAAAUACUACAAGGAUACGGACACACCUGGGCGCUGCUUCAUGAAGAGGACGCUGGACAUGACCCAGAUCGAGUUCCGCUGCUGUGGCAACAACAACUAUAGGGAUUGGUUUGAGGUCCAGUGGAUCAGCAACCGCUAUCUGGACUUCAGCAACGAUGAAGUCAAAGACCGUGUCCUGAGCAACGUGGAGGGGAAGUUCCUGAUGGAGAGUGUGCCGUUCAGCUGCUGCAACCCCGGCUCCCCCAGACCCUGCAUCCAGCACCAACUGACCAACAACUCAGCCCACUAUGACUACGACCACCACACCGAGGAGCUCAACAUCUGGACCCGGGGCUGCCGCGAGUCCCUGGUCGCCUACUACGGAGGCAUGAUGAACAGCAUCGGGGGCCUGAUGCUACUGUACAUCAUACUGGAGGCAGGAGUGAUGGUGGGCUUACAGUACCUGACCACUUCUCUGGAGACUAUGGCCGACCCAGAGAACCCGGAGAGUGAGAGCGAGGGCUGGCUCCUGGAGAAGAGUGUGAAGGAGACGGUGGCAGACGUCAUAGCCAAGAUCAAGGGCCUGGUCGGUGCAGGGAACCAUGUGGGGGAGGUUGAGGAGGGGGUGGCCACUGUGAGUUGAAAGGGUCUCACCCAAAGGGACUAUCGACGGGAGCUCAAAGAGAAAUAGAAGGAGUGAGAGGAGAGACAUCUUUCUCGGUGAAACAACACAUACUCAAACAUACACACACAGACACAUCAAUGGAGACAUGCACACACCCUUUGAAAAGUGAACAACUAAACCAACUCCUCACAUGAAGGGAGAACCAAACUCAAAAAUGUGAAUGUACAGAUGAAGUCGGAAGUUUAC